ACCCAUAGGCAGAGGCGACCCUCCCGCCUCCCCGCCCGCUCCGCGCUCGCCCCGCCUCAGCACACUAAAAGUUUACUCGGGCCCGGACGCGGGCGUCGCGAGCCAAGGCUGUCUACGUCGGGAUGCUGCGCGUCGGGAGGCUGUGCGCCCGGAGCCCGGGGGUGCUGGGGGCCCGGGUCGGCCUCUCCCGGGUUUGGCAGGAAGUGGGGUUGUGGGGCGUCCGUCCCCUCAGGGUUUUGGCACCAAGGCUCCAGGCCCCUGGCACUGAGUGGAAACUGGGGAGUGGGUUGGGGAAAAGAACCUUCUCUCUGAUUAACGACAGGAAGUCAGCCUCCAGUUCUGGAGAGAUGGAUCGCACCGCCACCCUGCCCGUCGGAGGCCUCAGCUAUGUCCAGGGCCAUACCACAUUGCACCUUAUCAACAAGACUGUGGGGCAGUGCCUGGAUGCCACAGCACAGAGGGUCCCGGACCGAGAGGCCUUGGUUGUCCACCACGAAAACAUCAGGUUGACCUUUGCCCAGCUCAAGGAGGAGGUGGACAAAGCUGCUUCUGGGCUCCUGAGUAUUGGCCUCUGCAAGGGGGACCGUCUGGGCAUGUGGGGACCCAACUCCUACGCAUGGGUACUCAUGCAGCUGGCCACGGCCCAGGCAGGCAUCAUUCUGGUGUCUGUGAACCCAGCCUACCAGGCUAUGGAGGUGGAGUAUGCCCUCAAGAAGGUGGGCUGCAAAGCCCUCGUGUUCCCCAGGCAAUUCAAGACCCAGCAUUACUACAACAUCCUGAAGCAGAUCUGUCCAGAGGUGGAGAAGGCCCAGCCAGGGGACUUGAAGAGUCAGAGGCUCCCAGAUCUGACCACAGUCAUCUCGGUGGACGCCCCUCUGCCAGGAACGCUGCUCCUGGAUGAGGUGGUGGCAGCUGGCAGUCAAGAGCAGAAUCUGGCCCGGCUCCGGCUCACCCAGCAGCUCCUGUCCUGCCAUGACCCCAUCAACAUCCAGUUCACCUCGGGGACAACCGGCAGCCCCAAGGGGGCCACGCUCUCCCACUACAACAUUGUCAACAACUCCAACAUGAUAGGAGAGCGCCUGAGACUGCACCAGAAGCCACCAGACAAGUCACGGGUGGUCCUGCCCAACCCCCUGUACCACUGCCUGGGUUCCGUGGGAGGCACAAUGGUGAGCUUGAUGCACGGGGUCACCCUCAUCCUGUCCUCUCCAGUCUUUGAUGGCAAGAAAGCGCUGGAGGCCAUCAGCAGAGAGAGAGGCUCCUUGCUGUAUGGAACUCCCACAAUGUUCGUGGACAUUCUGAACCAACCAGACUUCUCAAGUUAUGACAUCUCAGCCAUGUGUGGAGGUGUGAUUGGUGGGUCCCCUGCAUCCCCAGAGCUGAUCCGAGCCAUCAUCAACAAGCUGAACAUGAAGGAACUGGUGGUGGUUUAUGGAUCCACAGAGAACAGUCCCGUGACCUUCAUGAACUUCACCGAGGACGCAGUGGAGCAGAAGGCAGGAAGUGUGGGCAGGAUCAUGCCUCACACAGAGGCCCAGAUCGUGAACGUGGGGACGGGGACACUGGCAGAGCUGAACACACCUGGAGAGCUGUGCAUCCGAGGGUACUGCGUCAUGCUGGGCUACUGGGGUGAGCCCUGGAAGACCGAGGAAGCAACUGGACAGGACAAGUGGUACCGGACAGGAGACAUUGCCAUGAUGGAUGAGCAGGGCUUCUGCAAGAUCCUGGGCCGCUCCAAGGAUAUGAUCAUCCGCGGCGGUGAGAACAUCUACCCCGCUGAGCUCGAGAACUUCUUUCACACACACCCACAGGUGCAGGAAGUGCAGGUGGUGGGAGUGAAGGAUGACCGGAUGGGGGAGGAAAUCUGUGCCUGCAUUCAGCUCAAGAAAGGAGAGAAGACCACAGCGGAGGAGAUCAAGGCUUUCUGCAAAGGGAAGAUCUCCCACUUCAAGAUUCCCCGAUACAUCGUGUUUGUCACAAACUACCCCCUCACCGUCUCAGGAAAGGUCCAGAAAUUCAAACUUCGAGAGCAGAUGGAAAAACAUCUAAACCUGUGAAUAAAGGAGUGGGGAGGAUCCUUUCUCCCUGCCUUUCCCCCACAUUCCCCUUGCCGGCUCUGUGAUUUGGCAUAAAGAGCUUCUCUGUUUACUUUG